CGUCUGUUAUCCCGAUCGGUUUUACCACAUAUAUACGGGGACUACUUUGGCCGGCCGCCAGAGCCACCGCAUCGGACAAAAACUAGAGAUUGAUCCAUCCAUGGGUUCCCUAUUCUCUUCCCCUGCCGGCGGCGACUCUCUCCCAGUCUCAAAAAAGUACAUUGGCCGCUCUAUUAGGUCAAAAGAACAGGACGUCGCCCUCCGAAUUUCUACGCUUGUCGACAUCGCCAUCGAACAUUACAACUCCAACAAUCCAGGUGCCGAGUUCGAGUAUCCUGAGUAUCCUCCCCAGUCGACCACGGAGAUGAAGGCUGCCUGCAUUGGUUUUAGGGGAACUUUCUGGUACCACCUCUGCUUUUCGGCUCACCCCAUGGAUGCCACCGCCGAGACGCAACACUUUUUCGCUGAGCUAUAUUUUGAUAAACAGUACCUCGAACUAGCCGUUGAAACAUGCAUCAUCUUAGAAAAGCCGUUGUGCCGCUUUAGCAGCUCGUGUGCAUUUUGUCCAGACGAAUCCAAUAUCUUGCACCCAAGUGAUGAAGAAUUUGUCUGUGGAAAGCAAGAUCACAAAAAAGAAUUCUUCCGCAGGAGAGAUAUGCUAGUGCGGCCAUACAGUUCUUUUAUGACACCUCCUGAUAUAGAUAACACCGUCAUAGACAUAGAUAGCACCGAAGAUCCAUGACUCAAACUAUUAUGUUAUGGCAUAUGUAUUGCAGUUGUAAGAUAACUAUGUUAUUCUUAUCAGAAUGACUAAUUCACAUCUAAA